AUGAUGGCGGCAGCGGGAUGCGGAUCAGCAACCGCGGCUGCCGGAGGAGGCCAAGGUGGAACCGCUACGGCCAGAGGUCGUUUCCCCGGUCGGCCUUGGUCGUCUCGUAGUCGUUUGCGCUCUGAGAAGCGAUGGCAACUCGGACGAUCCGGUUUAGAAGCUGACGAUGUGACUAACGGAGGGCCAAGGCCCACAAACCUGGCUCUGUCGUUAAACGAAGACCAGUCUCACUUGCGCUUACUUGGGAUAGAGGCUAGCCACAAGAUCCUUGGCCAAGCUGGAUACAGCUCUAGUGGGAGUGAAGAGGUGAGGCCCCAAACCGACCCAGGAGGAGAUGACUUCACAGGAUUUGAAGCUGAAAGAAAAAACUCCAAAGGACGUUUAUGGUCCCGACAAAACCCUUCCAAAGGUGAUGCUGUCAACACAAAAUCUAAACAACAAAGUGAGAAGCUACCACUUAAUACGCCAGCAGUGGAGGCAGCUAUUAGUCCACCCGAUCCUGUAAAGGAUGUAAAACCCAUGGAGGAGAUACAAACCUUAUCUCCUGAAGCAGAGCCCGCAAAGGACUGCAGGAAAGGUUCGAAAGGAAAAAACACUAUGGAUCGACAGUCCACUAAAAGCGGAGCAGCAACACCAAGGAUUACUAUAAAGUUGGUGGCCAAAAAGAAAAUGAAAACCGUAAAGGAGCCCCAUAAAAAAUCUGUGAAGAAGUUGAAGAUAAAAGGAAUUCAGGAUCAGCCUAAAGCCAAGGACAUUCAGGGUGACCAGAUUUCAAGUGCUCAUGUCAAAUUAAAAACUGAACCACAUGAUGAUAAACCUGGCACAGAAGAUAAAGGAGGGGGAACUUUACCUGAAAGAAGGCGUGGAAGAUCUGCUUCAAAGACAACAGAGUCUGUUUGCCAGACUAGCGCCAAAGUUGUGGCUGACCAAAAACCAAAAGAGAGAAAAUCAGCCGAUCAAGUUGACACUGUAAAGGAAGGCACGACUGUAGAGCCAAAAACAAAUGCAAAGCAAUUAAAGCAUAAAGAAAUUGCAACAGAGCAAGCUUCUGAAGGGACUCAGCAACUGAUUCGUAGGAGCAACAGAGCCACCAACCCACACUCGAAAAAAGUCUCGGACAGUGCAGCUGAACCUGAAAGUCUUAGUAAAAGUGAUGCCAUUCUUGUGGAGUCUAAAUCAAAAGUUUACAAAACAGUCGAGGCCAAACCAUCGAUGAGAAGUGAUGGACGAAGGCAAAGCAAAAGACUCAAUAAGGAUGCUACAGUGCCAGAAAACCAUGGUCCAUCCUCUACAGAGACUGAUAACUUAGCAGUACAAUCCAGUGACAGUUUGCCUUUGAUAAAUGAUGAAGAGAGGGUCCCAAGUUUAAAGCUGAUGAAGGUCAGAAACCCAAAAUAUGAUGCACAGUCCGGUGGGAAGAAUUCAACGCGAAAGAAAAAACGUAAAAAAUUUAUCUGGACUUUAACAUUAGUAAAGGGAAACAUUCAGACACAGGGUGCUGAAAACACUGUCAAAGUAACAGAUAAGACUGUGAGUGAAGUGGAUCAGUCCACUUUGUGUGACACUGGUGUUAACAAGAGUUCAAAGGGGAUGGAUAAGAUAUCAAAAGUGGAUAACUCUGCCCCACAAGAGAGUAAUAACACAGGCAGUAAUGAGAAGGCUUCCCAAAACAAGUCUGACAUGCCAUUUGAGGAGAAGUCCACUAUACAGGUGGACGUUGUGGAAAACAUAACAGAAACACCUCCGCAAGAAAUCACUAAAAUGGAUUGCGGGAAAGUUCCACCUCUUCAGAUAAAAAAGGUUUCCUCUCCUGGUAAACACAAAACCUCGAAACCAUCCUUUUUAAUUCAGCAAGUUAGUCCUGUGCCUGAAAAGAAAGAGGAUGAUGUCCCGAAAGAUUUAACUGAAGUUAAAGAGGAUAAAUCAUCGUGUCCGGAUGCUGAAGACACACCAACCAGGAGGCUGAGGAGGAGAACAUCAAGCCUUGAUUCACCGCAAAAAAAACCUGACAGUCUUAAGGCUGUGACAACUCAGAAACGGAGGUUGAGAACGAGUCCGCAGGAUGAGGAUACCCCACAGGUGCCCGUUGAAGAUUCCUCUCAGGUUUUAACAGAAAAUUCCAGCUCACAUGUUCUUCCUGAAAACUCCUGUCAGGUUUUAGCUGCAGACUCCUCAGAGGUAACCUGUGUAAACUCCUCUGAAGCUCCUGAUAAGGAUUCUUCACAGACCGCUGACGACCCCCCACAGGUGCCAGGUGAAGUUUCUCCUCAGAAGAUGGAGAAUGAGGUGGAACCACAAAUUAAAGAGGCCAAACCAUUGCCCGUGCCUUCUAAACCUAGAAGAUGUAGAAAUAAUAAACUGGGAAAGAAGAGGCCUGUUCAAAGGAAGAAGACUGUUGUUUCUGUUGUUUCUCCUGAAACUGCUGUCAGCUCAGAGUUGGCUACAGUUGAAGUGGUUAACACAGAGUCUUUGCUAAAGGAAGAUAGUCUGCCUUUAGUAACAGAGUCAAGUCCGUCAGAAACAAAAGAUUGCCCCCAGCCUGAGGCAAAACAGGACACUGUAUCAGUUGAAGAAGAGCAGAUACCACCACCCGUAAAAGAGGAAACAGACAUUCAAUUGAUAGAUAGUCAACAAUCCUUGGCAUCGGAAAGCCAAGUAAGUGAUCCAAAAACAUUGUGCCUACAAAAGAGAUCCCUCAAGAAAGUAAAAAAGAGGCGUAAAAGUUUGAUUGGGCAGCGCCAGAAACACAGGCACAGGAGCAGGGAUGGGAAGUUUGCUCCACUUAAAUUAUCUGAAAGUCAGAAAAUUGUUGAGGGGGAUGAUGACAUUUCCACCCAGUUGGUAGCUACCACACCAACCCUGAGCUCUAAACUUAUGGGAGUACAUAAAAAGUACAAGAAGAGACUGUCGGGCCUUCAGUUUAUUGGGUCUAAAAGACCAAAUCCACAAGCUAAAAUAAUUUCUAAGCUGAUAGAAAUAGGGCUUGACAAAGAUAAUUUGAAACAGGAGGAAACUGACACAUUAGUUGAUGGGGCACGAGCAGAUGUGGUAGAUUCUCAGCCUGGUAAAUCAAAGUUUGUGAAGAACAUCAAGCACUUCAUUAUGCCUGUUGUAAGUGCCAGAUCCUCACGAGUGAUCAAGACCCCACAGAGAUUUAUGGAUGAUGCUGGAAUGUCGGUACUGCCUCGAAGAAACUCCCCAAAGAAGGGUUUUCAACUGGGCUUGCAAAUACGUCCAGGAAAGAGACGAGAUGAUGGGAAUGGCAGAGCAAUGUCCCCCAUCUUGCCAGUUGAUGAGGAGGACAUAUUGAGUGAAGCUCAGUUCGAUGUCGAUCUGCUUUCAGCUCAGGGCCUAGAUGACAGCGCUGACAUAGCUGACAGCCUGUUUUCUGAGACAAAAAGUGGCAAAAUUGAAAAGAAGCGACCUCUUCUCAAGAACUCUAGUUUCAAGUGGCAUGUGCCUGAAGAGUCGAGGGAGGAAGUGUAUACACUGGACAAAACUCAGACAAAAACUGAGGAUCUCUUUUUAUCGUCACCAGUUGAUAAACCCACAGAACUAUCUGUUGACCUCCUGGACGCUCAGAAAAAGAAAACUUCCCCCAAGUUUAAUAAACAAGCAGCUCACCUCAAGAUUUAUCAAAGACUAAAGAAGCCACACACAGGACUUCCAAAAAGCAAAAACACAACAGAGAUGGAAAGCAUUAGUAAACCUCUUCAGCCCCCCGUUGAUUUAGCUGAAGGACUUGAUGAUGAGGCCAUGAGCAUUAGCCUGAGGCAACGCAACACAAACACAGAGAAGGACAAAUCCAAGCUCAAGAUAGAAGACCUUGACAGUCCUGGAGUUGUGAGAAAAGUUUCUGUGUGUGUUGGGAAUACAAACUCCAAGUCUCUUCUGUUUCUUCACGGCAAAGAGGAUGAUUUAGGUGUGAAAGACACUGCCCAACGUCACUCAGGAGAGCAGCAGAAAUCAGGUGCAGGUGAAGGUGAUUAUCCUGGGUCUAUGGACAAGGGAGCGUCACAAAGAGCGCGCCUCACUGGUGCAAAUAAAAGAAUGUUCAAUCUCCUCAGGAAAGCCAAGGUCCAGCUCAUUAAAAUUGACCAGCAGAAACAGCUCAAGUCAUCUGGGCUGCUAUCUGGCCAAACUAGCGCCAGGUCUAGAGAUGUGACCUCUAAGAGACAAAGAAGAAAGCAGAGGGUGCAGCUUGAUUCUGAUGUUCCAGUCAAGACGGAGACACCUCAAGGACAACCACAGCUCAUCUCCCCACUGUGUCAGGAGUUCCGUAGAGCAGGAGGUCCACGCAUCAAGCAUGUUUGCCGAGCAGCAUCUGUGGUACUUGGGCAGCCUCGAGCCUUGAUACCAGAUGACAUUCCCAGGCUUAGCGCCUUACCGUUGCAUGAAAGAAGUGGCAUUUCCCCUUCAGCCAUCACAAAAGAUAUUGGCUCUCCCUCAGAAUCGGAUAGUCCUGGGCUGUCAGAUCCAAAGGUCACCAAAGUCAAGAAGCCAACGAAUUUUGUGAAACGAAAAGGACUCGGGCCGUUUGGGUACCGCUCUCGGAGGUGUGGAGUUUGCAAAGGUUGUAACCACGAGGAGGACUGUGGCAAGUGCAUGAACUGUCUUGACAAACCCAAGUUUGGUGGUCCCAAUACCAAGCGGCAAUGUUGCGUGUAUAAGAGAUGUGAUCAAAUUGAAGAGAGGAAAGCACGCCGACUAAGUGGAAGAACAGCACCCAAAGGACCUUCUAAGCGACGGCGAUCCUCGCUAAGCGGGGGACACUCAAGCAAUGAUGAAGGGAACGAAGGUGCUGCAGAUUCACCAUCCGGUCUCCAGGGUGAUGGCCACAGUCCAUCAGUAAGGAAGCAGCCGAAGCGCAUUGUGAAACCUCGCGUCUACUUUGACCUGGUGGACUACGAUUCCGAUCUUGAUGACAAAGCUAUCUCAAGCUCAGCCUCGCCAGCCAGGAGAAGGGGACACGGACCCCGUUUCAGUCAAGACUUUGUGUCACUGGAUGGAUUCCUAGGAGACAUUUCAGAUGAAGAAGUCAGGCAUCGAAAGCCCAGCUCACACCGUGUACCACCUCCUCGUCGUAAGCCCGAGAAGGGUCUGUCAUCUCAGGGUCCCUUGGAGCAGACUCCUCCCAGUGUUCUGGCUGCCCUGGCCCAUGGAUUUGAGCAGAGAGAUGUCGAGCCUUCUAAACCUACUCACAAAAUUAGGGUUGAUUUCAAGGAGGAUUGCACUCUAGAGAAUGUCUGGAAUAUGGGUGGUUUAAGUAUAUUGACCUCUGCGCCGCUCAUGCCACCUUACGUCUGCUUCCUUUGUGCCAGUAAAGGCCAACAUGAGAUGCUGUAUUGCCAAGUAUGCUGUGAGCCCUUCCACCAGUUUUGCCUUGAACCAGCGGAGCGCCCAUCGGAAGAGAACAAGGAAAACUGGUGCUGUCGUCGAUGCAAAUUUUGCCGUGUGUGUGGCAGAAAAAACAAGUUCUCAAAGCCUUUGUUGGAGUGUGAAAGAUGCCAGAACUGUUAUCAUGGUUCCUGUCUGGGACCUAAUUAUCCAAAACAUAACAAGAAGAGGAAAGCUUGGGUUUGUAUGACAUGCAUCAGGUGUAAAAGUUGUGGAGUCACACCAGGGAAGAGCUGGGACACUGAGUGGAAUCACGAUAAAGGACUCUGUCCAGACUGUUCAAAACUCUAUGAACAAGGUAACUACUGUCCAAUCUGCUUCAAGUGCUAUGAGGACAAUGACUAUGACAGUCAGAUGAUGCAGUGUGGCACCUGUAACCACUGGGUACAUGCCAAGUGUGAGGAUUUAACAGAUGAACUAUAUGAGAUCCUGUCCAGCUUGCCUGAAAGUGUAGUGUAUUCCUGUCGGCCGUGCAGUGUGACCCAACCCAGUGCCUGGAGAGAGCUGCUCUAUAUUGAGCUCAGAGCUGGGGUGGAGAAGGUGCUGGCUUGCUUGCUUUCUUCCACCCUCACCCAGCACCUUGUUACCUGCACACAGUGUGAAAAGUUGGUUGAUCCUGAUAGUGUAAUAGAAGGACAGCCAGCCUGUGACCUCCGAGCUGUGGGCAAGAAGUUUGACAAAGGCCUUUACACUACAUUGAAAAUGUUCCAUGAAGAUGUGGUUCAGGUGGUGCGAAAGAGGCUUGAGCAAGAGGAGGAUCUUCCAGAGGAGCAAAGACCCACUGCCUUGGCACGCUCUUACUAUUUAAAGCUCCUUGAGGAGGUAUUUAAUUGGUUCAACAGCCAAGACCCAAAGGUGUGGAACUCCUGUACCAAAGACUUGCCCAUUGGGAUGCUGACCCAUGCUGUUCAUCCUCCCACAACUGAACAUGUUUAUGCCCAGUGGCAGGAGAGAGAGGAGCUCCCGUCUAGGGCUCCACUGGGGCUCUUACAGGAGGAUAAUGGGCAAAGCUCAGAUGUAAAGGAAGAGGAGGCAGCUUCUCCGAUGUCUGGGGAGCCAACAAGCCGGAACCACUUCAAAACCAGCAGGGCUGUCAGGUUCAAAUUCAAAGGGAAAAGGGGCCGGCUUUCAAAAGCUGAUCUGGACACUGGAUGGUCUAAGGAGGAUGAGAGACAGUGCUCUUUGUGCCAAAAAUAUGGAGACCUUAAACCCAAUGAAGCAGGCAGGUUGCUGUACUUGGGCCAGAAUGAGUGGGCACAUGUCAACUGCUGUCUGUGGUCAGCUGAGGUGUUUGAAGAGGACAAUGGCUCUCUACUACAUGUGCACAGCGCGGUUACAAGGGGCCGCUUGAUGCGUUGUGAACGCUGCAACCACACAGGUGCCACAGUGGGCUGCUGCCUGACGUCUUGUCAAAGCAACUAUCACUUCAUGUGUGCCCGCUCCCGUCACUGUGUGUUCCAGGAUGAUAAGAAGGUCUAUUGCCACAAACACAGACAUCUGAUCAGUGGCAGGGUAAUAACUGGUCAGGAAUUUGAGGUGAACCGCAGAGUGUAUGUGGAUUUUGAGGGGAUAAGCCGCAGAAAGUUCUUGACUGGACUGGAACCAGAAUUAAUCAAUGUGAUGAUUGGUUCCCUACAGAUUGAUAAGCUAGGUGUGCUGUCAGAACUUUCAGCUAGCAAAGGGAAACUGUUUCCUGUGGGUUUUCAGUGUUCUCGUUGGUAUUGGAGUACAGUUAAUCCACUGCGCCAGUGCAAAUAUACAUGCACAGUCCGUGAGGUCCGACCCCUACUUCCUGAGAAGCCUGUUGAAGAUAUGCCUGACCAAGGAGAUAAUCACACCAUUUCUCACAACCCCUGUCCUCCACCUGAACCGAAAGCCCAAGAGAUUGAUACAAUAGAAUUGCAACCCCCAGCUGAGGAAACCCUUGUGUCAGUCCCACCCAGCAAGUCAGAUCAUGGAGCAAGGCCAAAGAUUCCCAGCUAUCCCCAAACCAGGAGACCAGCUGGUGGAAUGUCCCGACCACUGCCAUCCCCAGGAGUAGCCCAACUGAAACCUCACCACAUAUUAACCAUAAGUGAUCUGGAGGAGACUCGAAGGGUCCGUCGCCACAGUCCACAUUCACAGACAACAGGCCUCCGCAAUCACAUGUCCCCCCCUCCUCUAAGCCCUCUGACUGGACCCAUCACCCUCCGUGCUGGGAAAUCUUCCCUCCCUACUUCCCCACUAUUUCCAAUUGGUGCUACAGAUAACGUGAUAAACUCUCCCUCAGCCCGCCCAGUCGGAGGUAGAAGUGCUUCCUCAGUCAGAUGUCCUGGAAAUGUAAUGACCCAUUGUACCUCAGCUUUCUUUCCUCAGUCUCCCUGGCAGGACAGUGCAGGUAGCUUUCUUUCUCCAACUAUGUCUUUCUCCUCACCCGUACAACAUUUACCCAGAACUCGACUAUCAUUUGAUCUGAGCCAAUCAGACUCAGUUGAGGUGCCACACAACUUCUUAGCUUCACCAGAGCCUGAAGAUGUCUCUCCAGCAAAUGGUACAUCACCUCAGGAGGACUUACACCAACAGAAGGAUGAAGAAGAAUUUCCCUAUAGUUCAUUCCAUAAGGAUCCCAGCAUGACUCUGGGCCAAGAGAUGAGGACAGAACUGGAGAUCGAAGAGACACUCCUUAAUGAAGGUGUGGCAAUGAACUGUGGGGGGCAGAUCGUGGUGGAAGGUGAUGAUCAGGAGGAAUUUUGGGGAAGAGCCCAAGAUGUACCCAAGAGAAAGACCCUUGUUGCCAACCUGCCACGGUCUGCAGCCUCAGCUAGGGACGACAUGGGCAACACCUCCUCUGAUGAUGAUAUGGAGCACUAUUUUGACUUCUCACGGACAAUAGUCAGUUGUCCAGGAUCAAAAGAUCAUUCAAAGUCUCCUUCUUCCCCUUCCUCUCGGACUAUGGCUCAACUGGAUGGUGUAGAUGACGGUACAGAGAGUGAUGCAAGUAUAGCUACCAACGAUGAUGCUCAGAAAGUUGAGGGUUCUAGUCAAGCGCCGAUACAAGCCAAAAACCUCAAUAAAAAGAAUGUCCCUGAAUCUGAAACUACAAACGGCACACAGGCUGCUCAGAGUCUGAUCCUUAAAGCAUCAUCAGAUGAUAAGCACACAGAUUCUUCAUCACUCACCAUCUCAGCUGCCAGCAAAAGCCCAACAGAGAGUUCACCUCAAAAUCCACCAAAAUCCUCAAAAGAGGCCAAUAUGGGAUUUGUUUCUCCACAAACUUCUGGAGCCUCUGCAGUCAAAGAGCAAAACUCUGCAACUCCUGAGACUGUGCUUCCUAUCCAAGUCUAUGAUCCUCUGCCUAACUUACUCACAAAGGUGCCUGAGACCUCAUAUUCAGAAGAGUUACUCCAGAGUUCCAGUCUCGGAUUUGCCUCAGGAACGCCUCUUGUUCUUGAAAGAUGUGACUCUGGCCCCAGUUUAACUGAGAUGGUUCCUUUGUUAGAUGACACACCACUUGAGACACAACAGUCUGAGCCUUGUAAACCCCUUAAUACAGAGCCUGACAGCAGCCACUUUGUCUCAUCAACCGAGGGGUCUGCUGUGAUGUUGAAUCACUUAACUGGUAAUGCAAUGGAACCCUCAUUAGCAGAGUCUGCAGAUAGUAGUCAGGGUGCCCUGCUGGAUCUUCUUCAGCCCUCCCCUUUAAUGUCUACAGAUGUACAAAACCCUACUCAAGGCCUUGUAGACUCUCUGCAAAUGUAUUCCUGUUUACCAGGUUUCAGUCAGCCUCCUCUAACGAGUAUUACACUUCAGCCAGUAACAUCAUCACAAGAGUCAACCUUUCCACACGCGGAGCCUUCGUCUACUAAACUAACCACCCUCAGUCCUGUUGGAGACCUGACACAAACACUUCUAAAUGUGGCCCCUCAAAACGAUCCACUGUUAUCAGCUAUGUCAGGCGUUUUUCCCCAAGCAGCAACCUGUGGUACUGUCUCAGUACCUAUUUACUCCACACAAACACAGCCAUUGGGCUCUACAGCUGUCACCAUCGUUUCUUCCUCUGCUUCAAUAUCAUCUCUUUCUGGACUGUGUUCAACUGCCCCAACAUCACUCCAAACCACCUCAUCCCCUGUGAUUUUAAAUGGCUACAGCUCCACAUCUAUGCAGAAGGAAGCUUCAUCUGGUCACACAAUCUCCAUCAACUUUUCUACACCCAGGCCGACUAUAGAACCUCAGCAGCCUGUGGUACCCCAGGCUUUACCUGGCCACGCCAUUCUUACUGUGAAGGAAGUAGGAGGUCCAAAUGUGGAUCCAACACCACAUGUACUACUGGUGAACCGCCUUGGGCAGAUCUUUGUGAAGAACCCAGAGAGCAACACAUUCCAGCUGCCCACUCCCAACUCCCCAUCCUAUAACUGUGUCACUCAGAUUGCCAGCCUUUUGCAGAGCAAUGCACUGUCAGCGACACUAGCAGCAGCUGGUAACAUGUCUACUCCACCCCCCGGGGCCACCAUAACAACAGCAGCUCCUCCAGCGGUCACACCUGCAGUGCAGAAUCCAACCACAAUCACACAGCUGUUAACUCACAAUAACAAUGGUGCAGUGGCAUCAGUUAAUGUCAAGAAGCCAAGAAAGAAUGCAAAAACAUCAAAAGAUGAAACUGUCCCAGAGUUGAAAAAACCAAAGAAAAAGAAGGAGUCAAGUGCAUCUAAAAAAUCCAAGUCAUCCAAGGCUAGUUGGCAGCCUCCUCUGUCAACUGAGAAUCCUCCCAUGACUCCUGCUGAAAGCGCCCAAGCAAUUAUCAAUCAAGCAAUGGCAAGUAACUACACCCCAAAGUGGAGUGGGCUUCGAACACUGAGCCCCUCUUCCCUGGUUUUGCCACCUGGCCUAUUAAUUGAACCCGAGGCUCCAGCAUCUCAUCGCUCACCAACACCAACUCCCUCUCCAGCUCCAACUCCUGCACCCCGCCCUCGCACCCACGUCCGCAUGAAGAGAGUAUCGUCACUUUCAGAUCGUAUUGUCACAAAGAAAUCUAAAGUUGACUUCCUGCAACCAGAGCCCAUCAGUGAGGUGGAGGAGCGCCACAAACCUAACUUUCCAAGCAUCUCCAGCCGGGCUUCAGGAGUUCGCAUCAAGACCCCAACAGUGAAAGGCGUACUGAACCUGGAUGAGUUAAACGAGGAGCAUUUGAGCAAUUCCGACAGCUCAGGGUCUGAGCCUUGGGAUUAUAUGUCUCGAGGUGAACAAGGCAAACAACAUGCUUGGGAACCAGUGGGACACAGCACCCUGACUGACUGGAAAAAAUACUCUGGUGCUGCCUCCACCUCAGAUGAUGAACUAUCACCAUCUGAUGAGGAUGAGGAAUGUCAGGUGAACAGAGACCAGCCACACUUGCGAUUUGAGAUAACCAGCGACGAUGGUUUCAGUGCAGAAGCAGACAGUAUCGAGGUGGCUUGGAAAGCAGUCAUAGAUGGGGUGCAGGAGGCACGGGCAAUUGCAAGGUUGAGACCUCUGACUUUUCGGAGGAUUACUGGUGCCCAUAUGAUAGGUCUGGUCCAUGAUGCAGUGGUGUUCUUGUUGGAGCAACUUCAAGGAGCUCACCGCUGUCAACGCCACAGCUUUCGUUUCUUCAAACAGUUCAGCCAGGAGGACGAUCUGCCUGUCAAUCCCAGUGGCUGUGCCCGCUCAGAGCUCUACCUUAGAAAGUCCACGUUUGACAUUUUUAACUUCCUGGCUUCUCAGCAUAGACAGCUUCCUGACAUUGGGCCUUAUGAUGAUGAAGAGGAUGAGGUUCUUUUGAAGUCCACAAGACGGGCCACUAGUUUGGAGUUGCCCAUGGCCAUGCGCUUCAGACAUCUGGAAAGGACAUCCAAGGAAGCUGUAGGCGUGUACAGAUCUGCUAUCCAUGGGCGUGGUCUUUUCUGCAAAAGGAACAUCGAAGCAGGGGAGAUGGUUAUUGAGUAUGCAGGCAUUGUCAUUCGCUCGGUGCUCACUGACAAAAGGGAGAAGUACUACGAUGGCAAGGGUAUCGGCUGCUACAUGUUCCGCAUUGAUGACUUUGACGUGGUAGAUGCAACCAUGCAUGGCAACGCGGCAAGAUUCAUCAACCACUCCUGUGAACCGAACUGCUACUCGCGAGUUAUAAACGUGGAGGGCCGGAAGCACAUCGUCAUCUUUGCUCUGAGGAAGAUCUACAGGGGAGAGGAGCUCACUUACGACUACAAGUUCCCCAUUGAAGACGCCAGCAACAAACUCAACUGUAACUGUGGGGCCCGGCGAUGUCGGCGCUUCCUCAACUGAGAGGGGCCCUCUCAUCUGUGAAGGGGCGCAUCCUGUUUACUAGUAAGCCUUAUAUUAAGGUGGCACUGGAUUGGGUUUGGGGAGGCAGUGGGCAGUCAGCACAGCAGGGGAAUUAGCCACUAUGAGACUGGUCAACAGAGGAUACACACAGACAUUUUCGGGAUUGGAGAACAAGAGGAAGAAGGAGAUAAUUCUGUAACUCUUGAGAAGUUUCUUGCCUGCUGUGUGUUCACAAGGUACUUCAGAGUACAGCUAAAUAUUUUGGAGGAAGUAGUUUUGGUGUCCAAGACAACCGAAUGAGAUAAUGGAAAUGUGAGGGUUCCUGGAUCAACACGGAUGACGCCAACAGAAUUUCUUUGAUACACACGUCAAGCCUUAUCUGUUAGAAUCAUUGCUGAAAACUUAGAGCCAGGCUUUGAGAGAUUCCUUAUAUUUUAUUCAUUUCUGGGGGGGGGAGGGGUGUUUGUCUAUAGUACACUUGUAAUCAUGAUUGCUCCAUCCUCCAGUGAUGGGAACAUUAUAGCCCCAUCUGUGCAGUGGUGAAGUCAGUUCUUGAGCCAUACAUUCACCCAAACCUUUAUUUUUGUAUUUUUUUAUCUUACAUUUAACACUUCUCAUGUUGUGGAUUUUUUCCUUUUUCUUUUUAAGACUUUUUUCUAAAUCACAAGACAACCAUGGUGCUACGCUUUGAAGGGUCUUCAACAUCUUUGGUUGGACUAAGGUGUCCUGCAAAUCAGGAAUUGCUCACCCUGCUGAGACCACGUAUCUUAAAUUUAUGCACUCAAGCAGUACUCUUAAUGUCUUUGGAGUGUGUCUGCUAAGUUUCACACUAGAUCUUUGAUCUGGUGUUUUGACACUUCCUCUCUUCCUGCGUUGAGUUAAACUAAAUCAUUGCAAUGUAACGGUUUCAUUCAGUAACAUAGUGUCAUAUUUAUAAAGACGAAAACGUCUUUAAGAGAUUUUGUUUUUUCCCUCGAUGUACAGUGUAUGUAGCAAACACUACUCAAGCCAAAAGUUAAGAGUUAUGGUGAGUAUCAUUUUUUUUUUUAAAUAUAUAUUUUAUUACUCUCAUGGCAGAUGUCCAUUACUUAUUGCAAUAAGACUUCGCUGCCCUACAGUCACACAUAAAAUAAUCAACAAACAUACAGAUUCUCUUCUUUUUGUUAAACCUGCUUCAGUUUUUCUCUUAAUCAGGGAGAGCACUGCAAAAGCAUCGCCACUGAGUGUGUGCAUUCAUCUCCUGCACCCUGUUUUUUUGUAAUUGUGAACACAGUGCAAAGACUUUGGACAUGUUGCUGUUGCGUGGUGGCUCGCAGCAAACACAAGUCUGACACGGAGCUGGAGAGAAUGCACUGUGCACCUUAAAGUAAUGUGUAAUGUUGUUCUUAGUCGAUGUACAGUGCCGUCAUUAAUGAGGUCGAUCGAAUUCACACACUGUUCAAAUUGGUAGUUAUAUUUAUUCAUGUUUUGAUUUCUGUUUUUAAUGGUGAAAGGUUGUGCUUUGUAUAAAUGGUGGUGGUCUAGUGUAUUAGGAGCCCCCCCCCCCCCCUCUUUGUAUCCUUUUUUGUUUUGUUUACAAGUAUGUCCUUUUGUUUCACUAAUUUACUUGAAUUUUCAUUUGGGGCAAUUGUGUCAUGCAUUUAAGCCUUUUUGACAGAAAUUGUUCUAAAGCAGGUAUUUUUAAAGAAUCAUUUUUAUUUUAUUUUUAUUUUUGUUAUGGUAGAUUAUUAAUGGUCUUAGAAUCAGUCACAGGAGUAAAGUGAGCACUGUUUGCCUCCCCAAGCCCAUGAUCAUGUUUUGUUUUUUUCACCCUUCUCUCUCUCUCUCUCUCUCUCUCUCCCUCCCUCCCUCCCUUUCUCUCCAAACGUAUUAGAGCAAAAUUCCAAUAGGAUCAUGCUUUGUCUUGAUCUUAAUCCCCUUUCCUUCUUGCAUGUCCAAUCACUGGGAUGGAGCCCAGAUUCACUUGUGUCAAUAACCUACCUGACAACAAGAGCAGUCACUCCCAACUCCUUGCAAGGAUUCUACCUCAGCUGUUUAGACAGAUGUUUGGGAAUACUGAUGCAAAAACAGAGGACGAUAAUUUAAGAGUAGCUUGGUUUUAAUGUCCUGCAGAGCUGGUGUGUGUGGGUGCGUCUGUGUUAUUUUGUGUGUGUGUGUGUGUGUGUGUUUGUGUGUUUGCAAGUUUGCAAUGAAGGAUGGCACUCGUCAAAACCUGAAGUUGUCACGACCAUCUCUCCCAGAAUCUGUUCAGAAAGCUGUAUGUUAUAUAUACACACACACACACAUAUCUAUAUAUAUAUAGAUACAUAUAUGUGUGUGUGUGUGUGUAUGUAUGUGUAUAUAUAUAUGUAUGUAUAUGUAUAUAUAUUUAUAUGUAUACAUAUAUAUAUCUAUACAUAUAUAUAUAUCUAUAUCUAUAUAUAUAUAUAGAUAGUAGGGUUAUUUUAAAAGUAAGUGUAAAAGACAUAAAAAUGAGAAAAUAUGUGAUCUUUAAAAUUUAGGUCUUUGUUACCAUGUACAAAUAAACCCUGAGUUUGUAAAUAUUUGUAUACAUAUUUCUAAACCUGUUUAAUUUUUCUAUGCACUUUUUUAUUUAUAAUGUUAUUUGCUUAAUAAAGAUGUUAAG